AUGUGGAAAAAACCCAAAAAAGAAAACUGGUUGAAGAUAAAGGAAAUAUUCGACCAUCAAAGAAGAACCGAAGUGAUAUUACUCUUGUGUUGGGAUGUGCCUGCUACUGAACAUUCUAAUAAAGAGGACCACGAACCCUGUGGCAUUAAGAAAAUUGAUACUCCUGUCACAGCAAAAGACAUUAAACUUUGGAAGAUCGAAAUACCAGAUAAUCAUGAUGAUGAAUUAGCAAAUUUCUCUCUUCAAGACCGUGAUAUGCUUCCUGCAUUGGGCUUAUACAGCAGCCAUGGAAUCCAUAAUGGAAUAUUAACGCUUCUUGGAGAAAGGACAAAUCCUUAG